AUGAUGGAUAACCAAAAGGUCCGGAGGCAGCAAGGGAUCAAUACCACCAGUGUCAGACAUUCGACCAGGCGGAGGAACGCCCAUGAGUAUGCCCGGAUAGAGGAGCAGGUGUUCAUCGACCGCAGGGAAAUCAUGACUAGAAGGGACCUCUGGGACACGCAGGAGCGUAUCACUCGCCUGUAUGUCAAGCAGCUGCUGCGACAUCCAGCCUUUCAACUACUGCUGGCCUUGCUGCUGGUGAUCAAUGCCAUCACCAUCGCUCUCCGUACCAACUCUGCUCUUGGCCAGAAACACUAUGAGUUGUUCUCUACCAUAGAUGACAUUGUGCUGACCAUCCUUCUCUGUGAGGUUCUCCUCGGCUGGCUCAAUGGCUUCUGGCUUUUCUGGAAGGAUGGCUGGAAUAUUCUCAACUUCCUUAUCAUCUUUAUUUUGCUCUUGGGGUUCUUCAUUCGUGAACUAAAUAUCAUCGCUAUCAGCUAUACCCUCAGGGCACUUCGUCUGGUGCAUAUGUGCAUGGCGGUGGAGCCCCUGGCCCGGAUCAUCCGCGUCAUCCUGCAGUCGGUUCCUGACAUGGCCAAUAUCAUGGCUCUCAUCCUUUUCUUCAUGCUGGUGUUCUCUGUGUUUGGAGUCACACUCUUUGGUGCAUCCGUGCCUGAGCACUUCCAGAACAUGCAUGUCACCUUGUACACCCUCUUUAUCUGCAUCACCCAGGAUGGCUGGGUGGACAUCUACAGCGAUUUCCAGAUGGAGAAGAGGGAGUAUGUGAUGGAGAUUGGGGGUGCCAUCUACUUUGCCAUCUUCAUCACCCUUGGUGCCUUCAUUGGUAUCAACCUGUUUGUCGUCGUGGUGACCACCAAUUUGGAGCAAAUGGUGAAGGCAGGAGAGCAGGACCAACAGAAUCAAAUAAUCUACAGUGAGACAGACGCAGAGGAAGAGGAGGGCGAGGAUAACGAGCUGCCACUGGUGCACUGUGUAGUCGCCCGCUCGGAGAAAUCUGGUCUCCUCCAGGAACCGCUUGUGGGGGGCCCCAUGUCGAACCUCUCGGAAAACACGUGGGACAACUUUUGUUUGGUGCUCGAGGCAAUACAGGAGAACUUGAUGCAGUACAAGGAGAUCCGAGAUGAGCUCAACACGAUCGUGGAGGAGGUGCGCUCCAUCCGCUUUAACCAGGAGCAGGAGGAAGAGCUGUUGAACAGGCACUUGUCGCUGAACCUGUCGUUGGAGAGCAAGUCCUCCAAGGAAGUGACUCAGCAGCUAGACUUGCUCACUGCCCUCUCUGUCUUGGACAAGGUUCACGAUUCUAAAAGCAAUAUACUCCUUAAAAAACGCAAGAGCACCCACUGA